UGAGCGGCGGGGCCGGGUCGGGAUCCCCGGGCCGGGAUCCCCGAGUGGGACCCCCGGGCCGGGACCCCCGGACGGGCCAUGGCGGGGAGUGGCGGAGCCGGGACGGCCCCGCGGGAGCACCGCCUGCAGCCCGGGGACACCCUGGCGGGGCUGGCGCUGCGCUAUGGGGUGACGAUGGAGCAGAUCCAGCGUGCCAACCGCCUCUACUCGUCCGACACCAUCUUCCUGAAAGCCACGCUGCUGAUCCCCGCCGCCCCGGGGCCCUUCCCGAGGCACCGGGACCCUCCCGGGGACCUUCCCGGGGACCUUCCCGGGGACGUUCCGGGUCCCUCCCGCCACGACCUCUCGGCCUCUGAUUUCCUGCGGCGCUUGGACGCCGAGAUCGGUCGCUCCAAGGAGGCCGCGGCACAGCGGCUCCAGAGCCAGGAUACCAGCCCCGGGCCGGGCAGGGAUGACCGCAGCCCCUCGUCCCCUCGGGGGGCCCGGCUGGGACCCCGGCCCCUCACCAGGACCCCGCGGGCGGCCGCGCUCAGGGACACCGAGGAUGAGAUCUUCACCUUGUGACAGCGGGGACACCAGGGACAGCGGGGACACCAGGAAUGGGACACUGGGGAUACCGAGGAUAAGGCCUUCACCUUGUGACACUGGGGACAUCAGGGACACAGGAAUGGGACACCAGUGAUGCCCAGGACGAGAUCUUCACCUUGUGACAGCACUGAGGACAUUGGGGACAUCAGGAAUGGGACACCAAGGGAUGGUAAGGAGACCUUCACCUUGUCACAUUGAGGACACUGGGGACACCUGGGAUGUGACACCAAGGACACCAGGACAUGACAUCAGGGACACCAGGGGUGUGACACUGAGGACACUGGCAAUGGAAAAUUGGGGACACCAGAGAUGUGACAUGGAGGACAUCGAGGACACCAGGAACCUGGUCCUGGGGACACCCAGGAUGUGACAACCGGGAUGUGACACCGGAGGUGACCACAGAGGUGCCACCGCUCCUCCCAGCCGGUGGCCACGUCCCUGCUGUGCCGAGGACCCUGGAGGGGACACGGGGACUUUGGGGACAUGUCCUGGUGUCCCCUCCCUGUCCCCCUCUGGGGCUGCAGGGCCACCCCCUGGGGACAGGGACAAGGACAGUGCCACUUCCCCCCUGCCAGCAUGUAAAUAAACCGCAGCUUUGUCACCCU